CUUUACUUUCUUUAAUUUUUUUUUUUAUUUUUGUAUUUUGUUACCUUUUUCUUUCCUCUGUCUUUCUCGUAUUCAAUAAUUGAUUUAUUUUAUACCUGUCAAAAAUAAAUACCUUUCUGGAUGGUACUAAUACAAUGAAUAGUAUACCAGAAGCCUCUUCGCCACCUUUACCAAGUAAGGAUAACUCAAAACACCAAGUUAAGUUUGUCGAAGCUAGAACUGCCAUUAUUUUGGAUCAAAGUACACCACUGGCAACUCAUAAUGACAAUACACAAUGGUUACUCAAUUAUAUGUUUCGUCCAAUAUCAACACAAAUAUAUCAGGAUUAUUCUAUAUUACACUUAUCUUCCAAUAUCAAACCCAUAUGGGAACAAGUAUCUGUUUUAUCUUCAUCUGACAAGUUGUUAUUAUCUGCACAAUCACCUAAUAACUUACCUAUUAGAAAUGACAUCAAGUCAUCAACCGAUAACAUAAUGGAUUCAAAAUCUAGUGACUCUCAAGAAAUAUAUAUCAUGACUCCUCGAACCAAUAUUCUUUCAGUCGCAAACAAACAUUCGAUGGUACUUAUGGUGGAUCUAAGUUCAAGUUUGGCGACCAUUGAUAUGUUUCGAGGUCAUAUUAUGAUUGAAAAUGCUUUUGAUUUGCUUGCCAAUAUUAUUCUUGGAAUCGUUCGUCCAUUUUCUCUUCCAUUGUCCUCUGGAACCAAUAUUCGCUUUGAACCUAUCAUUUGUGUCACUGUCAUCGCUGAAUGUUCUCAAUUUGGAUCAAACAUCAAUGUCAUUCCCAUCUUGGCUGAAUAUCCUACUAUGCGUGUUCUAUUACAAAAUGUCCAUAUCAACGCAUCCAAUGUAUCUUCAGUACUACAAACUCUUAGCAAUGAAAUCAAAGCCUUUCAAUAUGAUUUGGGCAAGUUCCGCCAACAGAUUACUCAACGUCGAUCGAAACUUGGAUAUCAACUUGAUGUGCGUUAUGAUCAUUCUUCAGUAGUAGAGGAGGAUGAAAAUGAAUAUGAUAUUGGACCUCUAGAUCAGUCCCAUACCGCUUCCAUGACACGACCUUCUUCAACAUUGAUUAGUUCUGAAAUGACUCCUUCGUCGAAAACUUUGGCUCAACCUACUGGCAAUAAAAGGACUCUGAAGAAAACAGGAAAAAAUACAAGACGUACGACUCCCAAAAACAAUGCAUCUAUUAAACGAACACCAAUGGUUGUCACCCAUACAUUCAAUCAAAAUGAUCAGCAACAACAACAACAACAGCAGCAGCAUCAACAACAAGAACAACAAAGACAGCAUCAGCAACAGCAACAGCAAAAACAAAAACAACAUCGACAACAACGCGCAGCGAAAGGAAUCAAUAGCUGGAAAAAGGACGUUUGGGGAGUUGGGAAAACUGGCAGCAAUCUUUCUUACAUUUUACGUGCUGGUGCAUUCGCUUUGACAUUGUUACCUCCAGAUGGUUGGCGAUCUAUUGUAUUAUUGACUGAUGGUGUGGUGAAAUCAAAUGUGGACGAAUCAGUAUUACGACAACUUUCUUGUGAUAAUACAGCAUGUCAUGUGGUCCAUAUUGGUGUAGAAGAUGGCUUUACUCCUGGAUGUAACUUUGGAUUCGUACCAGAUACAGAAAUCUUACAAUUUGUUACAAAUGCUACAGGGGGACAAUUUACUUAUUCUGGUCAAAAUCCACCUAUUCUGCCUACAGACACAACAACUAUUGAUUCAAUGCCAAAUAUAUACCAUUUACGAUUCCUUACCAAAUCGAUUAGUUUGGAAAAAGUACGAACAGACAACAGACUGCUAGUGUCUACAGGAUCAACCUCUGGUAUAUUUCCUUGGACUACAAACACUCUACCUGUACCUGUGGAAGCACGAUUGAUGCGCUAUCAAGAAUAUUAUCUACCAAAAGAAGUAUGGCAUAUUAUUAGUGCUAGGAUACGACAAGGCUUCUCAUUGGCUUCAAUCAUAUUUGACGAUUACAUUCACCGAAAGGGUACUUCAUCCUCCACACAGAAAAAUCAAGAACAGAUUGGAUCUAAUAGAAAUGGCAACGAAAAUGUCAACAACGCAAAACGGGAAAGGGUGAUUAUUAUCUUGGUAUUACAGUGGCAACCUCAUGUGGCGGUGGAAUAUCGUAUACGUGCAUAUUGGCCUUCAAGAUGGACCACUCUAUUCAAUCAAUACACAUCAUAUGAAGAAAAGAAUCGACAAUUGGAUCCUCAUGAUAUUGCAACAGACUUCUCAAAACAUGGUUUUUACAACGGUAUGCGAUCACCAAAAGCAGAAAUUCUUAUUCGCGCCAACAAUACAUUUUCUGAAAUGCUGAAAAAUUGGGACUUAUUUCAACGUCGGAUGCAGAUGAUGGGUGUGGUCAAUGGUGGCUCUGGAUUGGAAUUUGCCGGCUCUACAGCAGGUUUUUCAAAGGUUGGCAAGCUCAAGAAACUGCUGGAUAGAAUAUAUGAAUCGGAUACCAUGCUCAAAACACUUCUUACAUCAACAUCGAAUACAUCAUCAUCAUCUUCUUCUUCUUCUCCUUCUCCUUCUUCAUCAUCACCAUGUUCGUCUUCAUCGUUAUCACCAAUAUUAACAGCAACACCAACAACACCAAAUCCAACACAAAUACGUCAUACCUAUAUUGAUGGAUUUCAAACUUCCUGGACCAAGAUGAAUGAUGCGGAUAUUAGACCCUACACCCGGUGUUGGUACGAUGAACAGGCAUUUGAAUUGAUUUAUACUGAUCCUUUGACUUCUAUGCCAACAAAUGGUCCCCUUCUUGACACUAUCCAUACACAGCUCGCAUCAUGGUCGACGUUUACCCAUCAACAGGAUAAUGUUUAUAUCAAGUUAUUGGACAGCAAUCACUAUAGAUCCAAUCAUUCAAAUGAAAAAGAACAACAACAACAACAACAACAACAACAACAACAACAACAACAACAACAACAACAACAACAACAACAACAACAACAACAACAACAACAACAACAACAACAACAACAACAACGACAACAACAACGACAAAUGCAACAGGACACCAGUCUUCAAUUCUGCGAACUACGGGUUUUCAAGGAAAAAGAAAAGAUAUUGAUGGUACGAAUUCUCUUCUUUAAUGUUAACACUCUCGAACGCAAGCAAGUUAUUGAUGAUUUGAGGAAUUUAUUAGUCUCUUCUACUCCUACUUCUGAUCUCUAUUCGGCGAACAUUCCUUUGGAAGUACAUCAAACAUCAUCUUUACAGCAAAAUUCUCAACCUUCUUGUUGGGUAGUCAAACGCCCAUUGGCCGGUCUUUUGAUGCGUGAUCCUGAGCAUUAUAUGGUGAAUGAGACUCAUAUUCAGCAACAGCAAAUCCAAAUGAACAUGUGGUAUGGUAAUCCUACUUUAUGGAUCACUGGUGAAUAUAUCGUCCGGAAUUAUCUUUAUCACAAUACACUUCACUGGGAUGUACAAGAUCACGGUUCUGGCGCAGCAAACCUGACUCCUCUAUAUUGCUUAGCUUAUGAUUUUAUGUGUCGACUUCGAAUAAAACAAGGAUAUGUUUUGCUCUCAUCACAACGCAACGGAAGUCAUUUUUAUAAAGAAGUGGAUGAUAAUGGUACAUCAUUUUCUAUUCAAUACUAUAUUUGGAAGGAUCCCGCCAAGAAAGGAAUCAUGACAGAACUUUGGAUGGAACCUUCUUCAUUGGAUGGGGAAUUACAUAGACAAAUGGAAACGGAUAUGACAAAAAUUGAUAAGGAUAUCGUAACACGAUUAGUUACAUUUGAUCACAUUGCUGCUUUGGGUCAUACUUGCCAUUUGACGGAUCAAUCAACUAUGGAUCGAUCAACAUCGGAUCUUCGUGAUAGACUUUUAAACACUCAACAUAUUCGACAACACCAUCUUUUCAAUAUUUCUUCUAUUCUUCGAUUGGGUACAUUUUGGUUGGCAAGUUAUCGAUGUCCUGUAUUUAUUGGAAAUCAAGAAAAUUCACAAGACGUUAAUAGUACCAGUAAUAGUGGUGAACUAUCGAGCGGCUAUACUGCAGCUGAACAAGAGAUAUGGAAAACAGACAAAACGUCAUCUUGUACAUGUCCACGUCCUGGUGCUAUCUUUUAUCAAAACCGCAACAUCAUCUCAACACUACCUCCAGAUCGUCACGAUAUGGCAUUCCUGCAUUACUUUAUGGAACGAUCUCUUGCAGUCAUUACUGAUUAUCAAGUAUCUUUGGAAAAUACACCAAAAGACGAUUUUUGGGCAACGCUACUGGGUACGCUCAAGCAACUCGAUGGUGAUAUUGAAAUUGGGAAUUUACGGAUCGCACAAUCUAUACUCGAUCUCCGAUGUUUUGUAAAAUCAAUAAGUCCAACUACCAUGAUGCUUAUGCUUCUUCCAAGUUUUGAAACUGUGAUAAAGGGACUGACCAAAUUAGAUUCAAGCAACCCAUAUCUGUUAUCCAAUGGAACAGAUCAUACUGGAAUACUUUUAUAUGAAUGUCAUCGACAGUCAAACGAAAACGCAGAUACAACUGGGUUUUAUGCCGCCAAUAAUAACAACAAUAACAACAACAACAACAACAAUAGCGACACGUCAACAAUUCAACGACUGGAUAUCAUCAAGACAAAUCGUGAUUCUGAUCUUGUUCCUAAUGGAAUUUGGAAAGGUUGUCUUAGUAGUAAUGAAAAUCAACAUGGUGAUUCUGAAGAAUUGACUCAAUUGAUAUCAAAAGUGACUCAGGUGUAUUCUCGAAGCUUUGUAAAGACUAUUUUCACCUCUCUUUUACAUGGACGUGUGGUAGAACCUACUGAUUUUGAAAAGAUCUUACAUUAUUGUGAUGAAACUACUCUGGAUAUUGACAUUACUGGGUAUUUGAAUGUACAAACUUUAUUGAAAAGACGUGAUAGUCAAAGCAAAAACGAAAUCGAAUUGGCUCAUCGUCGUUUUGUCUCUGUUCUCAGUCAUUAUUUCGAACCAGUAAUCACCACAGAUGGACGAUAUCAAAAUAUUUAUUGUUAUAGACCACCGUUCACCAAAGCAGGACAAAAACUUGGAUUAUCACUACUUGGUCAGAAACCGACAAAUUUGGCUGAUGUUGUUGAAUGUGCUCAAAAUCCUCUAUUUAUACGUUUGGAAUGCAUACUACGGAAACCAAACUCGACAGGUGACGGUUAUAUGGAAAAAACGUUUACAUUUGAUCAAAUACCAUCUUCUUAUCAACAUCAAGUCGACGAGGAUGAUUUUUCAUUUGAACCUGAAUCCAUUGGCACUGAUGAUUCGCCUGUGGCCUCUGCUGAUGGAACAACUGCAACCCUACGCAUGGUGUGCUUGACCCUACCUUCUUUUGAUGGUGAACCCUCUGAAAUCCACGUGCAACAUGCUCAAGAAUGUCCUGCUGCAAGUCUCUCAAUACAUCACCGACCUUAUUCCUUUUUGGAAAAUGAAAAUGAACAUCGCGAAACUCUUUCUUCUUUGAAUACGGAUAAGCAAGAUGCCUUGUUGGAAACAGAAGCUCGUUUGGUAUGGCUAUUUACUGAGGAAAUCAUGCAUGGACUUUUGCGAUCUGGACCUAUAACACCAUCUGUUAUUCGAUAUGUGGAAACGCAACUAAUGAAAAAGAAUCCAUUUGUCGACUUCCCAACAACUGUCUUUAUUCCUUUGGUCUUUGUCAAAAAUCAGCAACAAAGUCGUGCAACGUUCUUCUCUGAAUUGGAAAAGGCAAGAAGCACUCCCUAUAGACUCAUGCGUGUUGGUGACUCUUUUUAUGCCUGCGAUGAUGAUGAUGAUGAUGAUGAUGAUGAUGAUGAUUUGCCUCUUCUGGAUAAACAACAACCUGAAACUCUUGGCUACCAACAACAAUCUGGCGUUUAUGAUAUUGAAGGUCUCAACAUUAGUAUUGAUAUGCCAGCGGAUCAUCUGAAUCAUCGACCCAGAACUUUGCUAAACAACAAACCACAGGGAAGCGAUGACUACUGCCAAGGUCUUGGUAUCAGCAUUAUGGAGCCCGAUGCUAUGAACAAUGAGGAUGAUGAUGAUUACAACAAGAACAACAAAGAUGGCAGCAACAAUGUUGACGAUGAUACAAAGGACGACAUCUGUAUAGACAACAAUAACAAUGACAAACAAGUGAAAUCGACAAAGCAACAACUUUACUGGCUAUUAUUGAUCCCUCAGAAACAGAGUGUACAACUCUACUUUUAUUCCAAACUUCAACAAUCUGUUAACCGAUCUGAAAUUAUACGAAUGACUAAAGCCAUGGUACACGAUGUGAUGGAACGAACAAACAAAAUCGUGUUAUUGCAAUCUAUGCAUGAUUCAAGAAUAUGCAGCAAAUAUUUACUUGCACCAGUGGAUGAAAAUGAAAAACAGCAAUAUUGUUCUUCUGAUGAUUUAUCUGAUGAUGAUAUUGAUAUGACUUGUAUUGAUACCAACAACAAUCUAGUAGAAAUUCUCUCAACAUCUGGUGAAGAAAUGGCUCUCACACCUCCCAAAAAAUUUCAACCUGGACAGUUCGGAUGUGAAAUACUUUUGACGAAACGAUUUCCCUUACAUUGGCGACUACAACCCAAUUCAGCUCUCACCAUUCUCUCUAACGAAGUCCUUCGACCAUUUGCCGUGAAAAAUCGACCCAAUAUGUUUGUUAUCAUGCGUGAUAACGUGGUAGUUUAUUGUUUCUUAUCAGAAGGUACAACAUCUCAUGCUUUGGAUUCUGACUCUCAAAAUGACAGCGAAAGUAUCUAUCUGCGCCCUAGUUCUCCUUUUGGUAUCUCCUUGCAAGCAAUCGAUAGUAAUGGUGACAAAUCCUUCAUUGGUGACAGUAGUGCUCUUGCUUUAUCUCAUCCAAAAUUACAUACAUCAUCCUUUACUUCUUUUGUUGGGAAUUCUUCUCCUCAUGGUAGUCCUCAUAGUGAACGUACAAGUAGCAAGGAAAGUCCUGGUAAAGCUCACGAUAAUUUCAAUGGUAGUAACUUGUCUCCAAGCCUCAAGAAACAUGGCUCUCGAUACAGUGAAUCAAGGGAAUUACUAUUUGAAGUUCAUGGUGUUGAAUUUGGUGGAUGGAUAUCUGAAUUGGUGGAUAUGCUUGAAAGUCGAUUGAUAUCUCAAAUUACUAUGAAAGAAGUUCAACAAUUUUUGACUAGAAAUCCUACUUCAAAACUAUCCCGUGCUGAUUUGGAAUUCAUUUUACCGGUUGGAAAAAAUCCAUCUUUACGUCGAACUUUUCGUAUUACACCUGUUAUCUCGAAUCCUUCUCAUUUCUUGGCCUUAUUACGACAAAAUAUAUUGGUGGGUCCUUUACGUGCUCUUGAUGGAACUGAUAUUUCAUCUCUUGUUCGAAGACAUCGGAUGAUUCGCUACGGUUCUUAUUCUUCUGGUCUAGCUUACUCUCAAACGAAUGCCAGUCCUAGUGUGAACGAUAAAUCACUACAAGAUUUAUGCUUUUACUACAGUUGCACAAGUCGUACUCCAGGUCUAUGUAGUCCAUUUGAACUUAGUGUUGGUCAAGGUGUUGCUGGUAUUUGUCUCAGUUUACUUGACAGUAAUGGUGUUUUUGUAUCACAACUACCAAAGGCAAAGGGAACACCAACUAUCGACGAUCUUCAAUUGGAAUCGUACUUGAAUGAUGAUUAUAUUAUGUAUGGUGAUGUGAAGGAUACUCAGGACGAAUUUUUACUUGGUAUUGAUAUUUGGACCAUUGGACAAAUUGAAGGUGAAUUCUUGUUGGAUUAUCUUUAUGGCUGUUUUAAACAUACGAUCUGUGAUUACAUUGUUGAACAAGUUAUCCAUACAGCUCUUACGGAACCUAUUGUGAUGGAAAAUCAAGAAACUGAUACAGUGAUUCUAGAUGAUAUGACUUAUUCUAUCAAGGCUAUCUCCACACCAUUUCUACAAGUACUUGACAAGGCGGUUGAAUGGUCAAGUCCUACUGUGAAACAAAUAUCUUGGUCAACAAAUCUGGCUCCAUGGUGUAUGGAUAAUGUAUUACUUCGAUUGGAUGCUGAAUUCAGUAUCAUCAACCCAAUACUCAAACCGAUCAUCACCCGUGCAGCUCUAUCUCAAAAAUUGGACAAGGAUGCGGAAUUGCUUGGUGAACAUUCAUUGUACGAUCCUACCUUGCACUUAGGCUUGGAAGGCUCAAAUGGUGAUUUUCAAAACUCACAAUACAUGCUCAUCAGCGGUUUACCUGACCUCGGUCUAUCAAGUGGAUUUAGUUCUCGUAGGCAUAGUUCUGAAAGUUACUGGUCUCAAACCAAAAAAUGGUCUUUAGCAAGGGAUGAAGAAUAUGGCAAGCAACGGGAUAUGCGAAAGGAUGAUCAUCAUCUUCGUCAAGACUCUGUAGCCUCCUCCAUGUCAAAAUCUGGUGUGGUCCUCAAACAAAAAUUGAAUUACAAGGAAGCUGAUCAUCAUCAUUGCUUUAUAUUAUUGAUUAUUGAUUGUAUGGAGACAACCAUGUAUAUUUACAACUGCACUGAAGCAUUUACGGAACAAGUCUCUCAACUGGUACUUCGAACACUAUCGCAACAAGAAUCAAGACAUUUGGCAUUGAAUAAUAUCCUGCAUCAGAAAAUGGGUCUUUUCCAUCAUACUCAUACUAUGUCUGAAAUAUUAUCAACAAGCUCUUUAGUAUCGAAUGGAUUGUCACCGCAUCAUUACGGCGAAGAAAAUAUUUUAUCGCAUCCUAGUCUAUCACAGGUUAUUUUACAACAGCAACAGCAACAAGAAGAUGGUCAACAAAUAUCUUCUCCAAAUGCUUCUAGUAUUGCUCGCUUAGCACAACCAGAAUCAAGGACAAGAUCGUCUUCAAGUCGGAUGGACAUGUUAUCAUCAGUCAACAAAAUACAAGUUAACUUCAAUAGCCUCAAACAAUUGGUGGCCAAUACAUACUUCUCAAGGACACGUCCACCACUUUUGGAUAGAGGAUCCUCCUUUCAUAGUGAAACUGAAGUCACUGGUAGUUCUAGUGUAUUCGAUGUAGAAGAAUAUGGACGACUCUGUAGAUCACCAAGGCAAGACAAUAAUAGUGGCAACAUGGAUCACUCUGGAGAACUUACAAAUGAAGUGGUAUAUACAGCUGUUAGGAUGGCGGAUGCAAAUUCUGUGUUACGAGACGCCUUUGCUGAAUCAACAACUGAAUACGAACAUGCAAAUCAUAGGGAUUAUUUGAUGCGACAUGGUGAACCAUUCCUCAACAUGUAUCUCAGGCGUUCCCAACUUCAAGCAGCUCACGAAAAGGCGUUCAAGGUAUACUCCAAAUGGGCCAAUCGAUAUUCUGGAAGAGGACCACUUGACAUACAACAAUCUGUGGAAGAAAGUGAAAUGAUGACAGUCUCUGAACUCAAGGUGAUUCUCAAGGCCUCUCGUAUUCUUCAUUUCUGUCGAACACCAUUGUUUUUAUCUGAUAUUGACUCAACCGAAACCUUCAACUUUGGAUUGAACCACUUGCAGAGAUCGGCAAAACUGUUUGACGACAUGGAUUCAUCAACAAUGGAUACUCUUCAACACGAUCUGAUGACAAUCAACUGGUAUCAGCAUCUUGCACACACAUUUAUGAAGGAAUAUGCUUCUUACUUGGAGAGUAUUGGUAUGCAUCUCAUUGUCUAUGGCCCAUCAUCCGAUCAACAAGAAGAAAUUCAAUGCUAUUUAUCCAAAUUCAAAAUCAAUAGUGAAGAAUCUGUUCCCUCUCCUGUAACGUAUCAUCUUCAAGUCUAUAAUGGCGGUACAGUACUUUGUGAAGCAAGAUUGACUGAUGUGUUUGUCUCCGUAACUCUCUACACUCUCCACCGUCGGUAUGGCCGUUUGACCUAUUCACCUUAUACUCACGAAAAACAUGAAAUGCGACGCGCUGGAUUCCAUGAUUUUACAGAAGAAUGUGAUAGUCUCAAACAGAAAAUCCAUGUCAAUUCGUUUGUAUCAGACUUUCGGUUACGCUUCAUUCAAAAAAGCUUGGAUAAUAUUGAUGACUUGCCUGCCAAUCUCAAUCUUUUGAAUGUGAUCAACAAUAUGGUGUCUUUGCAUGGAAAACGACCUGGUGGUUACUCUCGAAAUCGCAUUCUAUAUGGCUCUUAUGAACUGUUGAUGGAAGAAAAACUGGAUGCAAUAGUACCAACUCUAUUACGAAAUGCGGAUAACUUUGGAUUCUCCUCUUUAUUUUGUGACAAGAAACCGGUGGGCUGCUUUGUAUCUUCGGAUGAUCUCUCUUUUGAACGAGGACAUGAUGAUGAUCGUUUACCUUUCCGUUAUUCUUUAAUCAUCACACCAUUGUCAACCAAUUCUGAAAACGCUAAACAUUGGCCGGGUAGUCAUAGCAUAUAUAGUCAUAUGGGAUCUAUGGAUACACCUCAUACAUCUUCAGCCCGUGAUGAUAAUUAUGAUCAUGAGUACGAUGGUGAUAAAACAAUGGAAGGACGUACUUUGGAAACUGGUGAAAUCCCUCCGUCAAAUUCGUUGGAUAGGAUUAUAUUACAAUAUUAUGUCAUUGUGACCUAUCAAGGUAUGGAUCGGGCACCUUAUAGCAAGAAAUCAAGUAAGAAUUCAUGGCGCAAAGUGGUCAAGAACAAACCUGAAAGAUAUGAGAAUAUUCUAGAUGAAAUGUUGGGACCAGAUAUGCAUUCUCUCCAUGAUGUUUUACAACAAGCUAAAAAAAGAAUUGAUACACUGGUGAAGCAGGCUACCAUAGCAUGUCAUCGUGAUGCUGAUUGGAAUCGACUUUAUCAAGCUAUCAACAGAAAAACGACAUUGGAUAUAUCUUUUGAAUAUGCUCAAGAACUAGUGAUUGUUGCGAAGCAAUUUGAAACUAUCCGUAUUGACAAGGACACACAUUCUGAAUUCAGUCGAUUUUUAUCUUUGAAUUUGCGAUGGCAAGCUGUGUUGGAGAUCAUCAAGCAAAUAAAUCCUCUUACCUCUGGCGAACUUGUACAACCAAACAAAUCGAACAGAUGUAUCGUUCUAUUUAUUCCCAAUGCGGUGAUGGAAUACUUUAUACUGAUAGAAUACCAUGGUGAACCAACGAAGGACGAUACUGACACAAUCAAGGUAUAUGCUUGUAGCAAACAUGAACGCAAAUGUGUCGAUCAAUUGGAUCCUGUUGAAAUGACAUUCAUGGGCAAUUUGGCAACUACCUUGGCUUACCAUCUUUGGAAAUGCUCAAAAUAAAGAUGUACUCAUCUUGUAGUUUAUUGGACUUGUAAUUUACUGGACUUGUAGUUUAGUUUUUUUUUUUUGUUAUUAUUAUCAUUAUUAUUAUUACUUUUGUUAUUAUUGAUUUAUUUUAUAUUUUUUUUU